AAAAGUCAAGAGGCAAAGGUUUUCUUUAUUUGUGAAAUCGAAAGCUGGUUUGAUUGUUGAUUCAUUUAUUGUUCAGUAUUUGAUGGUGCUUAGAAUUGAUCAAAUCAUUUAUGGAAUUUGUUCUAAUUGAUAUAUUUAACGUUUUGUUCAUCAGUUAAUGUACGUGUUAUAUACUUUUUGGGCCAAUGAAUUCGGAGCCUAAGUGACCUGAAAAUUGUUAUUUUGUUCGUUUUUUUUGCAUAAUUUGUUAUUAACUAAGAUGGCGACGGAUAAUCUAUUGUUAAAAACGACUUCUACUGAUGUGAAAGUUCAAAUAGUUUCUACACCAAAGAAAAAUUUAACACACCUGCCUAAGAGACCAAAGGUAGAUCUAGCGUUUUCAAAUCUGAAGUACGUUGUAAAACAAGGAAAAACCGAAAAAGUUAUUUUGAGAAAUGUCAGCGGACAUAUACGUUCAGGGGAGUUGUGUGCCAUCAUGGGGCCAUCAGGUGCUGGAAAAUCAACUCUACUCAAUAUUCUGACAGGAUACAAGACGGAAGGAAUGAGUGGUCAAAUUUUAAUGAAUGAUGCUGACAGAGACUUGGGACAAUUCAGAAAAUUAUCUGCCUACAUUAUGCAAGACAAUCAACUUCACGCAAAUUUGACGGUGGACGAAGCUAUGAGUGUGGCGGCCAAGCUUAAAAUCGGCGACAAGCCAGUCCAUGAGAGAGAAGCAGUUAUCACCGAAAUUUUAGACACUCUUGGCUUAAUUGACCACAGGAAAACAAUGACUAGUGGUCUCUCUGGUGGACAAAAGAAGAGAUUAUCAAUUGCUUUGGAGCUGGUCAGCAAUCCUCCCAUUAUGUUUUUUGACGAACCCACAAGCGGGUUGGAUUCAUCUUCCUGUUUCCAGUGUAUUUCUCUUUUGAAGACUCUGGCAAAAGGUGGAAGAACAAUAAUUUGCACAAUUCAUCAACCUUCUGCCAGAUUAUUUGAGAUGUUCGACCAGCUAUACACUCUUGCUGAUGGGCAGUGUGUCUACCAAGGGUCUACAAACCAGUUGGUACCAUUCCUAGGUUCUUUAGGUCUUCAGUGUCCGGCUUAUCACAACCCAGCUUCAUACAUAAUCGAAGUUGCUUGCGGAGAAUACGGAGAUCACACCAGGAAGCUAGUCUGCGCUAUUGAUAACGGGAAGCACGAUAUUCGAGAAGGUCUUCCCUUUCCAGAAUUCAAAGUCAAUGAUGGAUUGAAUAAUGCUGAGCAAUUUGAGAAAGAUAAUUUGAAUUCAUUAAUCAUCAAUAAGUUAGCGAAGGGGUCUUCAAAUUCCUCUAACGGUACUAAUAAUAUCCUCAGUGACAGUUACAACAAUCACGAUUUGAAGGCAGCUGUGUCAGAUGGUACAGAAUUGGAAAAAGUAAAUGUGAAUUCUGCGUUGUUGAAUAAUGCGAUGCCAGUGAAACAGCCUAGGUAUGGUAACUCUGAAUUUCAGCAGUUUUUCAUAAUUCUGAAACGAGCCCUGUUGUUCAGUAUGAGAGAUUGGACGCUCAUGUAUCUGCGUCUGUUUGCCCAUUUGCUGGUUGGAGUUCUAAUUGGCGCCUUGUACUUCAAAAUUGGUAACGACGGUGCUAAAGUCUUGAGUAAUUUGGGAUUCCUAUUCUUCAACAUGUUGUUCCUGAUGUACACUUCGAUGACUAUUACCAUUCUUUCAUUUCCCCUGGAGAUGCCUGUGUUACUUAAGGAACAUUUCAAUCGCUGGUAUUCCCUGAGGUCCUAUUACUUAGCCAUCACUAUAUCCGAUAUGCCAUUUCAGACAGUCUUUUGCAUUGCUUAUGUAACAAUCGUGUACUACAUGACGGCACAACCUCCUGAUAUGCAGAGGUAUGGAAUGUUUUUGUUGGCCUGCUUACUAGUCUCGUUUGUUGCCCAGAGCGUUGGACUAGUGGUAGGAGCUGCUAUGAAUGUUCAGAACGGAGUGUUUCUAGCUCCGGUGAUGUCUGUACCUUUCCUACUCUUCUCAGGAUUCUUCGUCUCCUUCGAUGCCAUACCCAUAUAUCUCCGAUGGAUAACCUAUCUGUCUUAUAUAAGAUACGGUUUUGAAGGCACAGCCCUUGCCACUUAUGGCUUCGACAGACCCAAACUGGACUGUUUCAUCAAGUACUGUCACUUCAAAAAGCCAAAGACUACUCUCGAGGAGUUGGAUAUGCACAAUUCCAGCUAUCUGGUAGAUGUUCUUGCGCUCGUAGCGAUAUUUUUCUUCUUGAGAAUAGCCGCGUUUCUUUUUUUGAAAUGGAAGCUGAAAUCAAACCGAUAAGGAAUUUUUCAUUCAAAUUUUCGGAAAGCUGUUCCAAACUCCUUGACUGUAUAUGAAAGGGAAAGGAGUCAAUCACAUAUUUAUGAUUCCUAUUUUAGAAUGUUUGGUGAUAGUUGUUUUGCCAACUGAUGUCCCGGUAAGUUCGAAAAACAGCUUUGAGAUAUGAAAAACUUUGAAAUAAAACUAUUUGUAGAUAUUUGAAUGGAAGUUCUGCUUUGAAAUUUAAAUUUGAAAUUAUUUCUUACCGUAGUGCAAAUAAUAAUUACGAAUAGAUAUCAAUUCAAACUUUACCAUUUUUGAAUUAUGAUGAAAAAUACUUCACCAAAGCUUUUCAGCUGAAUUGAAUUGAAUUCUUCUAUUUGUGUACAGAAGUACUAACAGGACCACAUACUUCAGGUUUCAUCUUCAUAAGUCGAACUUUCAACUUAAAUUUAGAAAUCGCGAACCCAAAUUGAAAAUUGUAACCUCAGUCUCGUAAUUUUGACUUCAAAGUCAGAAUUUCUAUCAUAAUUUUGAUUUCAGAGUCAAAAUUCCUAAUUCAAAGUCAAAAUUUUGAGAAUAAAGUCAGAGUUACGAGAUUAAACCAAAAAUUUCAAGUUCAGAGUUGAAAUUAUGAAAUUCCGGAAUUACUCACUAAGCGAAGAAUAGAAACAUGUGGUCCUGAUGAAUUUUCCUGAUUUUGACAUUUUUUCAGACUAAUUCUGUGAUAUCUUCAGAGAGGACUUAUUUUUGUGGUCACGACUACAAUUUUUUAAACAUUUUCAGGAGACAUUUUGAUACCAUUCAUCUACGAAUAAACAUCACACUGUUUCAAUUAUUUGAAUAUGAAACAAUUCGAUGAGAUUUUUGUCCUCUUCAUGUAAAGUCUGGAUAAAAAGUUUUUAAUAGAUUUAACAAGGGUAUAAUACUCUCUAUCAAUACUCUUUUUUUCUCGGAGAAUUUAAUAUACCACAUAUCAUAUCAUGAAUUAUACAAGUAAAGUUUAUGUACUAUGAGCCUCGAGCAAAUAGUUAUAUUCAAAGUUACUAAUGACUAUUUUUACAUGCUUGUGCAUGUAAGUAUUAUUUUGGACAUCCCUUUAUUUAGAUUUAAAGUGUGGUAUGGUUGUAUGUUUAUAAGUAUCUGGAGUAUAACAUUUAAUAUAAGUGAUAAUUAUUGUUAAUCUAAUGGUGAUUCUUCCAUCUGUUGCAACAAAAAUGCAGAAUAGUGCCCGAGAAAAGUUUUCUUUUUUUCUCAAAAGAUCAGCAUCACAGUUUACAGGUAAGUUAAUGAACUUUAGAAAACUCCUGUCACUAUGUUCUGCUCUCUUGUGCUCAUUUUUGUAAUCAAUUAUUCAGUAAGUUUAAGAGGUUUUCUAGAGUUUUAGUGGAAUAAAAAUUGUGGAAUGCCAAAAAAGUACUCAUGAUAAGGCAAGUAUUUCUGGAUGAACGUAUAGUUCCAUUAGGAAUUGAAAUUAAACUUAAAAAUAAUAGAAUACAAUAAAACAAUCAUCAAUUUAAAGUUCAUUGCACGAAAAUCUAUAACUUAUUCAAAAUAACACUCUUGUGAGAUUUUCACUAGAUAUUUCUGUGAUGUUGAGGUGAAAAUAGAUAAAUUUAGAAGGUAUUUUUAUAUAUGUUAUGAUGAUGAUAUUUGUAUGUAUUUUCUUGUUGUGAUAAAUAUAUUUUGGACUCAUUUUAAAUUAGUUACAUAUAACUGCAUCUCCUUCAAAUGUCUCAGAAAUCAAUGAAUACAUAUAAGAAACAUUUCACAUACAUUUUAUAUGCAUGUUAUAUCAGAACCACAUAACAUGCAUGUAAGUAUAUGGAUUUACACAAUGAUAUCUCAGACACACAAAAUCCAACUAUUUUGACAAUCGACCAUAAUGAUAGAAUUUUUGUCAUAUUAAGUUUUCUGUGGCACAUAUUUUUCCUGGUUGAAAAAGUCGCCUUAAUAAUAAAAUUGGAAAAAUUUCAUAUCACUUUCAUUGUUAAUUGUAUCUUUACUUUGUAGGUCACUCACAAAAAAAAAGAA